GCUUCUGUAUAAAUGCCGGCAUUUCUGUCUUUAACGGCACAAGCAUCUCAGCUGUUGCUCCUUCACCUUCAACAAACAAAAACUCACAAUGUUCAAACUUUUCAUCUUCGCCUGUUUCCUCGCUCUAGCUGCGGCCAAGCCCGGUGUGUUGCCGGUGGCCUACACCGCACCGGUAGCCGCAGCAUACACCGCACCAGUUGCUGCGGCCUACACCGCGCCCCUUGCCUACUCCGCCUACGCCGCCUACACCGCACCUGUUGCUGCAUACUCUGCUUUUCCAUAUGCCGCUCCUUAUUCUGCUUAUUUCUUACGCCGUUAAGUGUAUUUAUUUAAACUUAUA